AAUAAAAAAAAAGGUUACUUGGAAAAAAAAUCGCAAUAGACUAGUGGAGUUGGAAUUGGAGGUUGAACUUUGAAGAGGAAGGGGUUAGGGUUUGACAUUUGCGAGAGAGGGAAGAAAGAACAGAAGCAGCAUGAGCAGAAGCUUGGGAAUUCCGGUGAAGCUCCUCCACGAGUCUUCGGGUCACAUAGUGUCGGUGGAACUCAAGAGCGGAGAACUCUACAGAGGAAGCAUGAUCGAGUGCGAAGACAACUGGAACUGUCAACUCGAGAGCAUCACCUACACUGCCAAGGACGGGAAAACAUCUCAACUUGAGCACGUAUUUAUUCGAGGCAGCAAAGUCAGGUUUAUGGUCAUACCAGACAUGCUGAAGAAUGCUCCUAUGUUUAAGCGUUUGGACGCUAGAGUCAAGGGCAAGGGUGCAUCACUUGGUGUUGGUAGAGGCAGAGCAGUUGCAAUGCGAGCAAAGGCUCAAGCUGCUGGUCGUGGUGGAGCUCCACCUGGAAGAGGUGCACCACCAAUGCGGAGAUGAUCACCAUUCACAUAGUCUAUUUGGCGUGGUAUUCAUGAGAAAGAUUUGAAUAGGAAUUGGCUAUCAUUAGCAUGUUUGGAUCAGUUUCUAUUUAUCAAUUCGAGCACCCCAAAAGCUUCUCUUUAGAAUUGGUUUUGUAUUUAGAAUCAAUUGUAGAACAAUUUUCAAAUAUACCCUAAGACUCCAUAGAUUAAUCUCUUCACUGUUGGCACUGAAUGCCAGUUUUUCUCA